AUGCUCACUGGAAACCAAAGCACUGUCUCAGAAUUUAUUCUUCUUGGAUUGUCUGUGGAUCCUUUUGUACAAACUAUGCUGUUUUUCAUUUUCCUGGCAAUCUACAUGACCACACUGUGCGUGAAUGUACUUCUGAUAGUCGCUGUGAGGACCGACAAACGUUUGCACACCUCAAUGUACACCUUCUUAUCUAGUUUGGCUUUCUUAGAGAUCUUCUACACUUCCACUGUUGUACCCAAGAUGCUGUCUAACUUUCUUUCUCUAAAAAAGACUAUUUCAUUUGCUGGCUGUGUUACACAGUUUUUCUUUUUUCUGUUUUUGGGAGAAACAGAAUGCAUCCUUCUGGCCCUGAUGGCCUAUGACCGUUAUGUUGCCAUCUGCAACCCUCUACACUACAAUAUGAUCAUGAACACAAUGGUUUGUAUGCGGAUGAUCAGCAUGGCAUGGUUGUCUGGCUGCAUAAGUUCAACUAUUGAUACAUUUUUUAUACUUAGCUUAACAUAUUGUGGCCCCAACACCAUCAACCAUUUUUUCUGUGAAGCUCCUUUACUGAUGGAGCUUUCUUGCAGUGAUGUCUCAUCAGUCAACAUCUUAAAAUUGGUUGGCUCGACCAUCUUGCUUUUUGUCCCGCUUUCACUAAUUAUCAUCUCUUACCUUCGAAUCAUAAUCACUAUCACAACAAUUCACUUGGGAAAGAACAAAGCAUUUUCAACAUGUGUUUCCCAUCUUAUGGUGGUGGUCAUUUACUAUGGGACAUCCAUAUUCAUGUACAUUACACCUGAGAAUUCAGUCCCAAAGAAUGUAAACAAAAUGGUGGCAGUAGUUUACACAAUGAUAACUCCCAUGCUAAACCCUUUAAUCUAUAGCCUAAGAAAUAAAGAUGUUCAUAGAGCCAUGAGAAAGCUGGUAGGAGAGCAAGACAUUCUAGAACAGACUUGCAGCAUUGUCCCGGGAGAACUGGUUGGGUAUGGCACAUAG